CCUUCUCUUCUCUCUCCACAAGACUAAUUUAACUCCAGAAUUUUAAGAAGAUCUCCACAUUCACAGGCAUUUCCGGGUUCAAUCGAAAAGAAGGCAUAAUGGCAAACAGGAGUUUAGAGAUGGGUCUGAUCCUGGUUCUAGUUACCAUGUUCUGGGCAGGGGCCAGAGCUCAGUCAAGUUGUACAAAUGUGUUGAUCAGCUUGUCGCCGUGUCUCAAUUACAUAACAGGGAACUCUUCAACCCCUUCUUCUCAAUGCUGCACACAGCUUGCUAGUGUUGUCCGAUCAUCACCUCAGUGCUUGUGUCAGGUUCUUAAUGGUGGUGGCUCAUCUCUGGGGAUUGAUGUCAACCAGACUCAGGCUCUAGCUUUGCCCAAUGCUUGCAAUGUUCAGACUCCACCUACCAGCAGUUGUAAUGCCGACGCUCCAGCAGGAUCACCAGAAUCUUCCAGCACAGUUCCAGGAUCUAAAACUGUACCAGCAACAGAAGGAGGACCCUCAUCAGAUGGAAGUUCGAUCAAGUUGUCAUUCUCUCUGCUCGUCUUCCUGCUCUUUGCAGCAUCAUACAGUUCAAUCUUCACGACAUACUGAUUCCAUUACCUCCACAACCAACAUACUUUAGUGAUUACAAUUAUUAUUGUAUUCUUUAUUAAUAUCGAGUUUCCUCUUGGUUGAGGUUUUAUGUCAUAAUUAUUUCGCAACCCUCUUCAGGGUUGGUGUCAUUUUGUAUUACUGAAGAGAUUUCUAGAUCUCUUCCCCUCUCAAUAAAAAUAUUAUUUGGUUGGCUUCAA